AUGCAACAUUCCAGUAAGGAACGGCAUCCAGGCACGGAUGCGCCGGCAGAUGAUUGUCCUUAUGAACACCAGCUAAGAGUGGACGAAUGUGCAGAACCAAUUCUGCUGUUCCUACAUGAAGUAAACGCCAUCUAUUUCGAGAACUCGAGUCUUCUCUCCGACAAAGAAACACAAGUGAAGAUCAGCAAAGGAUGUGAACUGAUGCGUGAGUACCAAAUAUGCGUACAGGGCGCUUCAACGUCGUGCAAUCCUGACGAGGGUGUGCAAGCAUGGAGACAGGUGGGUGUGCCAUGUAUGGAUUUGCAGGAUUGGUGUUCCUUCAUACAAAGGACCCAUCAUCUUAAUCGGAGGGUCACAACGCGACAAAAGCGGCGUCGCGCGCGGCAGCUAGGACGAGUACUGGUCGCCGCCCAAUACGUGACCUAA